AUGGCUGAUACAGAGAAUUUCAUCUCGCAACUACCUCAGCCGGCUCGACAUGGCAUCCCAUCUCCACAGAAGCCUCUUGUCGAGAUGACUCCGGCGGCUGCCAAUUCUCGGAUUGCUAUGCCUGCGCCUACCAUGACCGGGCACAAGCGCCAGGGAUCCAACUUACCAGAACCAGCGCCGAAGAGGAAGACCUUAAUAGAACGUGCCGGUGAACCCGUUAAAUCUAUUCUCCCAACUCCGAAAUCCUAUACCACCGUCAACACUACGACGACAUCCGCUGCCCAUUCCCGAAACCCCUCGUCACAAUCAUACCGAACCAACAUAAAUUUCUCCAAAAGCACAUCCGCUGCUAUCACGCCCAAUCCUUUCUCAGCCAGCGUCAACAGUGGUAUGCGACCACCCACAUCAUCAAGCCUAUCACGACCGAAAUCGUCAUUUGCAAGAGACAGAGGGAAGCAGGUUGCCACGAGGCCUGCAACAUCCCUAGGAACCCGUGGAGGAUUAUUACAGGAAGGACCCAAACGUAUGAGACCCAUUGCCCCAGUUCGUGCUGUUUCCCUCGCCCCCAAGAGGACUGGAUCCGUGUAUAUUCCCAAAAAGGACAACCGAAUAUCCCAAACAAUGGCUGAGCAGUCCCCUUUGCUCAAUCAGCAGCAGCGGGAUAGUAGUACUUCCUCCAUCACCGCUCGGCUGGCUGAGAUAAAUUUGUCUUCGGACGCUUGUCAGCCCAAUCCAAUGCGACCCGGAAGUCCUAGCAAGAUUCCUCUACCUUCUCCUCGUGCCAGCACCCCUCUUGUUACCAACUUUAUACCCCCAAAAUUUCCUCCUAGAACUCCAUCUCCUCAAAAGAACAAAGCAAGAACCUUUCUGACCAAAAACUCCAAUUUAGAAUCGUGGGAUCCCGAGGAACAGUAUGGCAACAUGGAAAGAAUGUACGAGGAUGUCUGCAAACACUACAAGCAGGCAAUGGACGACAACCAAGAAGCUAAACAGGUAAACUCAACGUACAAGGACACCAUCAUUGGCCUCGAAGAACAACGCAAAGCCACCACUGAAUCUAUAAUCGAAUUAAGAUGCGAGCUUGAAACCACGAAAUUUCGGCUCGAAGCCACAGAAAGAUCUGCCCAGGAAGAUAAGCGUGACCUGGAAAUCGAAAUCGAGGAAAUCAAGAGUCGCCAUCGUGUCGAGAUAGAAAGCCAUCGACAGUCGCAUCGUGCGGAACUCGAACGCCUGAAAGCAGACCAUCGCGAGGAAUUGCGAGAUUUGAGGCGGCGUCUCGAGGAAGAUAUUGACAAAGAGCGCAGUCAGCGCAUGGAAGCUGUUGCAAAAGUAUCAACACAAGGUCUUGUUGAACAACAGCAGCAUCGGAUGGAUCUUGAGAUCAAAGCUCAAGAAAUCAAGGCAAUAAAGUCCGAGAUUGACAGGCUCCAGGCCGAUCUUGAUAGAGAGAAAUCUCUUAACGACGACCUCCGCUCGAAUCUAUCAAAUGCAGGCUCAAAUGCAGCCAACAUGGAAAAUGCUCGACAGGCACUUCAAGCAAAAGUGGACUAUCUGGAGUCUGACAGCAAGUCCCAAUCAGAAGCAUAUGCGACAAUGGAAAGGAGGAUGAAUGAAGCAAUCGAGAAGGCACAAGAAUGCGAAGACAAACUUAGGAAGGAAGAGAUGCUUCGACGGAAAUUGCACAACCAAGUCCAAGAGCUCAAAGGCAACAUCAGAGUUUUCUGCCGAGUCCGACCCGUUAACAGCGUGGAAUCGGAAGAGGCAGCGAGGAUUACCGUUCCGGAAUCUGAAGACGAACCGACUGACAUUGAGGUCAAGGGUCCAGAAGAAACCAACAGUCUUGGAAAAGUCACGACCAAGAUCCAUCAAUUUUCCUUCGAUCGCGUGUUUGACACGUCUUCAAACAAUGCUGAGAUAUUUGAAGAGAUCAGUCAGCUAAUUCAAUCCGCUUUGGACGGUUACAACGUUUGCAUUUUCGCAUACGGCCAGACCGGUUCUGGAAAGACUUUCACGAUGUCAUCAGAUGAUGGAAUGAUUCCACAAGCACUGCGACAGAUUUAUACUACUAGCAAGGAGUUGGAAAGCCGAGGGUGGAGAUACACCAUGGAGGGUAGCUUUGUCGAAGUCUACAAUGAAGAGCUACGCGACCUUCUCGGGAAGGAUGGAGACAAUGACAAGGGCAACAAGAAGCACGAGAUUCGACACGACAUGGCUACUUGUGAAACUACAAUUACCGAUGUCACUACGCUCACUCUGGACAGCCAGGAUCAAGUUGAGGGAAUUUUGGCUCAGGCAAUGUCGAGAAGAUCGGUUGCUGCAACAAAGGCAAACGAACGCAGUAGUCGAAGUCACUCGGUCUUCAUCCUCAAACUUGCAGGAUAUAACUCUAUCACAGGUCAAAAGAGUAAGGGUACCUUGAACCUGGUAGAUCUGGCAGGCUCAGAACGUCUAUCCCACUCCAAAGUUGAGGGUGCGCGGCUGAAAGAAACACAAAACAUCAACAAAUCACUCUCUUGUCUCGGCGAUGUCAUUGGAGCCCUCGGACAGCAACAAGCUGCUGGAGGAUUCAAUCCACGAGAGAGUGUCAACGGUGCCGCAUUUACAGGAUCCUCUUCCGCAGGAUCUCAUAUACCCUAUCGCAACAGCAAACUGACAUAUCUUCUCCAAUUCAGUCUAGGAGGCAACAGCAAAACUCUCAUGUUUGUCAUGGUUGCCCCGGAGAAGAAGUGUCUCAGUGAGACGAUCACAAGUCUGAAGUUCGCCGACAAAGUGUCGAGGACAAAAAUUGGUGUUGCAAAGAAGACCGGAGGUGGGAGAUGA